GAUUCGGAAAAAAAAGCUCAAAACCAAAUUAAAAACGAAGAGUUGCCCGAAAUUGACCCUAGCUGGUGGAAGAAGACAGCCUCUACGCUUUCCCACACAGCUUCUGCAAUUAUAUAUAGUGCACUUCUACCUACCCAUUCGUCUUCUUCAAAUCCCAGAUCUUUGAUCUAUCCUGGGUCGAGCUAAUUUGUUGGAACAAUCGCAGUUUCGGUUUGUUCAGAAUUAUACUCACCAGGGAGAAGAAAUGGCUACCUUAUCAAGAAUUGGACUUGCUGGUCUUGCUGUCAUGGGCCAAAACCUUGCCCUCAACAUUGCCGAGAAAGGAUUCCCUAUUUCUGUAUACAAUCGAACGACCUCAAAAGUAGAUGAGACGGUUGAACGAGCCAAACAGGAAGGAAACCUUCCUUUAUAUGGAUUCCACGAUCCUGAAUCCUUUGUUCGUUCACUCCAAAAACCUCGUGUCAUAAUUAUGCUCGUGAAGGCUGGUGCUCCAGUUGACCAGACUAUCAAGACUCUAUCCGUUUUCAUGGAGAAAGGAGAUUGUAUUAUUGAUGGUGGUAAUGAAUGGUAUGAAAAUACAGAGAGGAGACAAGAGGCCAUGGCUGGACUAGGUCUCCUUUAUCUUGGAAUGGGAGUUUCAGGUGGUGAGGAGGGUGCUCGACAUGGGCCCUCUUUGAUGCCUGGAGGUUCCUUUGAGGCCUACAAGUACAUAGAAGACAUCCUUCUCAAGGUGGCUGCCCAAGUUCCUGAUAGUGGCCCUUGUGUUACCUAUAUUGGCAAAGGAGGAUCUGGUAAUUUUGUUAAGAUGAUUCACAAUGGGAUUGAAUAUGGUGAUAUGCAACUGAUUGCAGAGGCCUAUGAUGUUCUGAAAUCAGUUGGGAAACUCUCUAAUGAGGAAUUACGCAUUGUGUUUUCAGAAUGGAACAAAGGGGAGCUCCUGAGCUUCUUGAUUGAGAUCACUGCAGACAUAUUUGGAAUUAAGGAUGAUAAGGGAGAUGGGUAUUUGGUGGAUAAGGUUUUGGAUAAAACUGGCAUGAAGGGUACAGGUAAAUGGACAGUUCAGCAAGCUGCUGAUCUCUCAGUUGCAGCGCCAACUAUUGCGUCAUCUUUGGAUGCAAGAUUCCUUAGUGGAUUGAAAGAGGAAAGGGUUGAAGCUGCCAAGGUUUUCAAAUCAGGUGGCUUUGGUGACAUACUAACAGACCAAGCUGUGGACAAGGUGAAAUUGAUUGAUGAUGUGAGGCAAGCACUUUAUGCGUCCAAAAUAUGUAGUUAUGCCCAGGGAAUGAAUCUGAUCCGUGCAAAGAGCAUUGAGAAGGGAUGGGACUUGAAACUUGGGGAACUGGCUAGGAUUUGGAAGGGUGGUUGCAUUAUUCGUGCCGUAUUUUUGGACCGUAUCAAGAGGGCUUAUGAUAGGGACUCAGAUCUUGCUAACCUUCUUGUAGACCCAGAGUUUGCGAAGGAGAUGAUUGAGCGACAGUCUGCUUGGCGAAGAGUUGUAUGCCUUGCUAUAAACUCGGGUAUUAGCACCCCGGGAAUGUCUUCAAGUCUUGCUUAUUUUGACACAUACAGGAGGGACAGGCUGCCUGCUAAUCUGGUCCAAGCUCAAAGAGAUUAUUUUGGAGCUCAUACUUAUGAAAGGACUGAUAUACCAGGGUCAUUCCAUACGGAGUGGUUCAAGAUUGCUAAACAGUCAAAGAUCUGAUCUGAGGCCUCUGUUGAUGGUCUUUCACAUAACGGAACAAUUCUCGUAGAGCCUAAUAAUUUUAUUCUGGAGCUGAAAAUGGGACAGUUUAUUCCAUCACCUUGUUCUGAAAUCUUCUUUGAGAUCAGUGUUGUCAAACAUGUUUUAUGCGGAUGUCAUUUUGUAGUGUGUAGUUGUUGGGGUUUUAUCAGAAUGCUCUGCUUGCUUCAUUAUUCUUGUUUUAAGGUUCUAAUCCUUGUGAUACUUGCAACUUUUAGAGAAUAAGAAUAUGCAUCUAUCCUGCAGCUCUACAAAGAUUACUAUUAUAUGUAGCAAAUGUUGAACAAUGUGUUCCCAUUCAGUCUGUCUGUACUUUUAAUGUUGUAAUAGUCAUCAAUAAUGGCAAUUCUGGACUCCCUAUUUAUCGUGCA